AUGGCUGAUCUUUCAUUGCAGGUCGCACAGACACCGAACGACAUCCUUAAAAAAAAAAAGAAGAGGUCCGCUGUUGUCCUUGGAUGGCACGUUGGUAAUGGAGGCCAUGCCAGCGCGUCUGCUGCAUCGCUGUCGUACUGUCCGAAUGGUGGCAUUACUCUUUCUGUGUUGGCACAAUUGUCUUUAGCUAUGAGAGUGAAGGGCGCGUUGAGUGGGAAGCCAUGCCGAAUUUAG